GUGACUUGCUCUGUUCCUCCCCUCCGUUUGUGAUUUUUCAGGCAAAAUCGGUUACUCUGAGGCGAGACGCACCAACGCACAAGGCUGACAAUGACAGCCAUAUUCUCUACCAGUACUAGUGCCAUGCUCCCGAGUUUCAUCUCCUAUUCUUCACGCUCCUCCUCCACGACCCUCAGGGCAAACAUGUCGUCGUCUCCGUCGAUUCAGUCUGAUAGUCCAGUCGUGCUUGGAUUUGGUGGUGUUUCGGUGGAUCUCUUGGCGACUGUGGCUUCUUUUCCCAACCCCGACGACAAGAUCAGAAGCACCAGCAUGAAGGUUCAAGGAGGUGGCAAUGCAGGAAAUGCCCUAACUUGUGCAGCUCGUCUAGGAUUAAAUGCAAGGUUGAUAUCCAAGGUUGCCAAUGACGCUCAAGGAAGAGGAGUUUUGGAAGAAUUACAAGUUGAUGGAGUAGAUAUCUCCUUUUUUGUGGUUUCUGAAGAGGGAAAUUCAGCGUUUACCUAUAUCAUUGUGGAUAAUCAAACGAAAACUCGAACAUGCAUUCAUACUCCAGGGUGGCCUCCAAUGAUUCCUUCAGACAUCUCCAGCUCAACUUUAAAAUCAGCAUUAGAUGGCGUGAAGCUUGCUUAUUUUGAUGUACGAUUGCAUGAAACUGCUUUAAUUAUUGCACAUGAGGCAAAUCGGAGGAAUAUACCUAUCUUAAUUGAUGCUGAAAGGCUAAGGGAUGGAUUGGAUGAUUUUAUGUAUUUAUCUGAUUAUGUUGUGUGCUCAGCAAAACUUCCACAGGCAUGGACUGAAGCUUCAACUGUUCCAAGUGCACUUGUUUCCAUGCUGUUCAGGUUGCCAAAGGUCAAGUUUGUAAUUGUGACUUUGGGUGCAGAUGGUUGCAUAAUGCUCGAGAGAAGUAUACCUGCAGACAACAGUGAAGCUGAAGAAACGGAUGUAGACAAUUUAGUUGAAGUAUUGAAGCAGAAAAUCGAUACUAGCAAAGCUGCUCCUACUUGUGUUUCAUCUGAUGUUGUAAGAUUCCAAGGCAAUGGCGUUGGGAGUGUCUGUGGUAGACUAUAUCUCGGAACAGCGGAGAAGAUACCGGAAUCAGAACUCGUGGAUACCACAGGUGCUGGAGAUGCAUUUAUAGGGGCUAUCCUCUAUGCUAUUUGCACCAACAAACCACCCGAAAAAAUGUUGCCAUUUGCUGCUCAAGUGGCGGCUAUUAGUUGUCGAGAUUUGGGAGCUCGGUCGGGUCUGCCACGUCUGUCGCAUCCUUUGUUGGCGCCUUUUUUAGGUUAGAGGCCCCUUACAACUACAAUGGCGGUGGUGUUGUGAGAAAAACGGGGCCCGGCAUCCGCCGUGUUUGGCUUUUCUUUCUUGUUUACUUAAUUGGACUUUUUUGGACUGAUAUUCUACUCCUUUUGCCACUUUAGUUUCGUUUGUUGUAUCUUUGAGACACAAAUGUUAUAACUGAUGAAACUGUUUGGAUGGGUAUAUUGUUGUCGAUGAAACAAAAUUUGCAAAUAGGGACUUGUUCUGGAUC